UUUGAGAACCAGAAAGAACUGUUGUAUGUAUAAAUACACACACACUAACAUCAAUACUGAGCUGCUGCUGUAAUCACAAUCCCUGGUGUUUGAAAUGACUUGAGUGACUCAAACAAAGCUAGAAAGCAAUCAUUUCCCAAGUGCACCAUGAACACUGACAGGUUCACUGAUGCUUUGUAAGGACGGAUGCCGAGCUGAGGCAUUUUUCGCAUCUUAAGGUCUCCAUUUUCAGCGAUAAAGAGGACUUUGAUGUCAGUGCCACUCUGCGCCUUUGAGAAUCUGUCACAGUUAUUUUUGAACCUAACAGUGAAAUUAUAUGGCUCGUUUGGAUCAGAAUCAAAGGAGAAGCAAAAGCCGUCUGCAACAACGCGAUAAUUCAUGUAAUUGCUUGCCAGCUCCUUUGGGGUACAGUGAGAUUAAGUGCUGUGAUGCUUACUCUGGCCUUGCUCUAAUCUAAAUACAACCACUAUAAAGCUCAAUCUGUUUUUAAAGUAUGAAUAACCUGAACUGUGGUUGCAAUUUUUGCUAUCAUAUAGGCUACUGUUUCUUUUUUAAAGAAGAAGUCGCAAUGUGAGGGUUUCUUCAAAUCAAUGCUUGCGUGUAUAAGGUGUCAAAAUCCCAUUAUCUGUGAAAUCAUUAGCACGCCAAAUGCGUUAUACACCUAUCCGCAGUAUGCAGCACUUCAGAAGGUGAUUCAUUUACAGGUGUGAGGAUGUUAGCUAGAUUCACAAAUUGUAGAAACACUGAAUGGCUCGCGCUAUUUUAUCUCUCUUUACUAUGGGCGCAUCGCCAUGACGUCAUCGCCCCAAUGUCAACAAUGUAGCAAUUUAGAGGAGGCGCGUGCUGGAAAUGCCACAAUCAGCAAAGAGCAAAGCAAAAGCACGCGGUCUCGAAUGUAAUCCAACACAGACGGAGACACAUCAUUCCUCCUGCUUCAAAGACACGAAUCGCCGUGCACACGCUCCUCCAGCUGUUCACGAAGCGCGAAGAAAGAGACCAUGUGAACGCGCGUCUUGCAGAACAUCUUCUUGCAGGAACGAGUGAAAGUUUAGACAGCACUCUUGUUAUUCUCAGAAAGCUCUUCAGUGGUUGGAACUGAAAGAAGAGCCGCUGUAAUCAGGCUCUGUGCAAGGAAUGUCUAAGGAGAAGCCUGAAGCUCCCAUGUAUGUGUAUGAGUCGACGGUGCAUUGUGCCAACAUCCUCCUGUGCCUGAAUGAACAGCGGAAGCAGGACGUCCUGUGUGAUGUGACAGUACUGGUGGAGGGGAGGGAGAUCCGUGCCCACAAGGCAGUGCUGGCAGCUUGUAGCCAGUAUUUCUCCCUGCUGCUCAGGGGCCAGACGGAGCAUGAGCCGGUCAUCAGCCUGCCACAGAAGAUCACGGAGAAAGGCUUUGCCCCACUGUUGCAGUUUGCUUACACAGCCAAGCUGCUACUCAACAGGGACAACAUCCAGGAUGUCAUGUGCUGUGCAGAGUUCCUGGGCAUGCACAACCUCGAAGACUCCUGCUUCCACUUCCUACAGGCCCAGAUGAAAGGUGAGGUUGAUGGCAUGCACACCAACCAGAAUGCCCCAUCAGAAGACGGAAACGUGCGGCCGAGUGACUCCAAGCCUCCACUGUUCAGAUCAAGGCUGCACCCUGAAACUGAGCAAUUGAAAACCACCGACAACUUCCAUUCUCCAGCCUUCGACCUCCCUCGUUAUCCCAAAUAUCGAAAGUACCAUCAGGUUCAUGCUAAGCACAACGCAACCACCUCCUCACACAGCAGUACCUCAAGCUUUCAUGGCUCCUUGCAGGACACCGUCACCAGCAGCGAUGCUCGGGGCCUGGAUUUGUCAAAGGUGAAGGCAGAGCCAGCCAGUGGAGAAGUCUGUGUACCACUAGAAUUGUCUGAGUUGGAGCAGGAUGGUCUGGUCAGGGGUAAAGGCUGUGACAUAGAGAUGGACAUGGAAAUGGAGUUUGAAGGAAGGCAACUUAGUUCAACACCCACUGAAUUGCCUGUGAGCAAAAGUUCACCAGUGUGCCUGAGCUCCCUUGUUAAAAAGGAAGUCACUUCUUCAGAUGAUUAUCUUACCACUGAUCUGCAACCUGCCAGCAAAAGCUCUCCCGUUCGAGAACAAGAAGUUGCUCCGGGUGACUUCCAAAAGGACUAUCAGGCUUUCAUUGGGGGACUUGAUGAGAUAUCCUCAGAGAAGGCUGAGAAAUUAACUGAUGGGGUGUCCCUCAAGUCACUUUCCUUUGAGAGGAUCUGUUCGCAGGAUGCUGAACAGGAGAGCGACCGAAAAAGCGUCAUCUUCUCCUCUCGGACCUCCUACCAUCUGGUGGCACCUGCACACUCUUAUCCGGGUGAGAACUGUUUGGGGCAGGAAACCCCGGAAGACCUAUGGGCAGGUUCCAGCCAGUCAUUCCCCUGCUCCCAAACACUUUCCCCUACUUCUGUCUCUCAAGAGCCACAGUUGCCCUACCGCCGCCGCCCAAAGAGCAGCUGUCCGGUGCCCAUUAAAAUGUGUCCUCGCUCAUCUCGUGCGGAAAGUCACAUCAGAACCUCCAGCUCUUGCUCUUCCUACUCCUACGCUGAGGAUGGAAGUGGAGGAUCUCCUUCCAGCCUGCCCCAGUUUGAGCUCUCUACCUCUCCUUGUUCCACCAUGGCGCGAUGCCUGGCGUUCGAACACCGGGAGCAUAGCACGUCGGGGACACCAAAAAUCAAGUGUGAGAAGUCAUAUGACACUAAUUCCAGUGAUGAAUCUGGAUCUUUUUCUGAUGGAGAUAGCGAAUUGUUUGCCACCAAAGAGCACAGUCAAGAGGUGAAACUGCCUUUCUCAGUCGACCAGAUCACAGAGCUUCCACGCAACGACUUUCAGCUGAUGAUAAAGAUGCAUAAACUGACCUCGGAUCAGCUAGACUUCAUCCACGACAUGAGACGCCGCAGUAAAAACCGCAUCGCAGCUCAGCGCUGCAGGAAAAGAAAGCUGGACUGCAUCCAAAACCUGGAGCGUGAGAUUCACAAAUUGGUCUGCGAGAGACAGAAGCUCCUAACCGAGCGCAGCCAUUUAAAGACCUGCAUGGGGGAGCUGUGGGAAAACUUUUCCUUUCUGUCUCAGGAGGUCUGCAGGGAGGAACAAUGGAGUCCGGAUCAGUCUCGAUCUCUAUAUAGUCUACAACCAGACCCAGUUUUAUCUGGUUCAACUGGUACAGACCUUAGAAUAUCUCCCAGUCCAACCAGUAUAGACAUCACCCUCACCUCACAUGGCAGCAUAGUGUCAUCCCCUGACUGUCAAACCAUAGCCCAUCCUUCACACCCGCACAUUAGAGUGGACAGAGAUGCUGUGCCGCCCCAGGACACUGUCACCUCUGCGAGGUCAGAGCCCUCCCAGAUGGGCAGCUCAAGUGUGACGAUUGAUUUCUGCCAGGAAAUGACCGAGAAGUGUACAACAGAAGAGCUCCCUGAAAGAAACUGAGUCUGGUAAACUGCAUUUUUAUCUUUUAACACGAGUAUUGGUUCAGUACGUGUUCAAAUGUUACUACUUUUUUUUUUCUUUUCUUCUUUUUUUCCCAGUGUUAAGUUUUAUUUGUUGCUAUUUUAGGUGACUGUUCUGUUUACAUUUUUUUUGUGUAAAUGGAUGUGUUCUCGUACAUGCUGUAUAGGAUGCUAAAAUCAUUUAUCACUUUCACUUUCUUUCAUAUAUAAUAUAUAUAUAUAUGAAUACAUACGCACACACAUACAUACAUGCAUACAUAUACAUAUACAUACACAAACACAUGCAUACAUACAUAUUAUAUAUAUAUAUAUAUAUAUAUAUAUAUAUAUAUAUAUAUAUAUAUAUAUAUAUAUAUAUAUAUAUAUAUAUAUAUGGUUCUCAGAUUUAUCUCAGGAAUUGCAGACUUUGUUUUUGUGGCAACAACUUCAAAUCAUGCAGCAUAUGCAAAUGUGAUAUUGAGUAUUUGAAAGUGUUUUGCACCUAUUGUGCGUUCAAGCAUUCCUAAUGUGCGUAAAGAAAAAACGAAAUCAGAUAACAGAGAAACUAAACAGCUGCUCACCUGAAUUUGCAAGAAGCUGAGCAAUCUGUUUUUCCACGCAGAGAAAUGAACAUCUGAUCUCUUUCUCUCUCUACAAAAGGUCAGAAUAGAUCAUAAAUGACGAUUAGCUGCCUAUAUGAUUGUCCCCUCCGAUAUUUUGUGAAGCACCAUUUCAUACGGUCCAGAUUUUUUUCUAUAGAUUUUUCUGAAGCUCAGUUUUCUAGACUGUUAAAAUGUUUGAUCAGGGAUGUCUGUUAUGUAUAAAACUCUCCAAGCAAACUUUAGUAAAUUACUCAUUCUGACUUUGUUUAUUUUGGCAGCUCACAUUUAGAUCUCUCCGAUCUGACUUGAUUCCUUCAGGGUGUUACGCACAUUAUCAUUUUACUGUUGUCAGAUAAGCAAAUCAAUAUUAUUUUUCUCUGUUAUGUUUUGGUUAUAUAUUGGUGGUGGGUGCGGACCUUUAUCAUUUUUUAAAUGUUUAAAAGUUUGUACACGUAACCACACUCCAAUCCCAGUGUUCGGUUAUUUCCGCGUGGUUGAAAUGUUUUCACCGUUAAAAGUUUCCAAUACCGUUCCUCCUUCAAUUCAGUGUAAUUAUAACACUUUUACAUGUUUGAUUUAAUUACAUGAGGUGAAAGUUCAAGCCUUAAGGUGACAACAGUUGGAAAAAUCUCAAUGCUGCAUUACAUUGUUGUUGUUGCUUUAAGUGACUUGCAUCUGUAUCGUCACAAUACUAAAGUUCAAAGGUGAGAUGGGGUAUAUGUUUUACUGUUUUAAUUAAGUCUAUUUACUUCAAAUUAUUGUGAACUGCAUGACUUUAAUGACAGAUAAAACAUGAUUAAAGCUGUGUUUUUAAUAUUUUGUUUGUACUAAAACUUUUGGAUUCUGAUUGAACAUGUUACAUGUUAGUUUAAGUCUGUAUUGGCCAAAAAUCAAAUGGUUGUGGCCUUAAAAAAAUCUCAUAUAGUCAUGUGGGUUAAUUUGUGCGCCAUAAACGGCAACUCCCAAAUAAUUGACUGUCAAGAAUUCAAAUGUCUCAGAUUAAAUUCUUAAGAAUUCUGUGCAUAUUCAGAUUUUUUUUUUUUUCUCUCUCUCUCCAUGACCUUUGAAUUUGGAUUUGGAUAAAGCAUUUUAUCAUGCCUUUGUUAUAUGAUGCACCACAGUUGUUAUAUGAAUACUGUGAUAAGGGCAAAUACGAAUAUUCAUUAUUAGUUUACAUGCAGUAGGGAGAGUUUGGACAUUCGCAGAUCUACCUGUAAAAUCGAUAUACCUCUCGUCUCGGACAAGGUCUGUAGCAGAACUGGUUUACAACCUUUUUAAAAGACGUUUUACAAUAAUUUCUUUUAUGUAGAUUUUGUAUGUAUUGUACAUAUUCUGUUUAUAGUUAUUUGUGGGAUUCUUUGAAAAUGAUUGUUUUGCUUUCUUUUGUUAAUUAAAUCUUGAAAAGUUGUGACCUCAAUGUUCAUAAUCUGUAUUUGUUACAUUCUUGAAUGUGUCCACAUUGAAUUUGUCUACUAGGAUAUUAAAUAAAUUGCCACGCAUGUUUUAUGCA